CCCCGAGAGUUCCUCGCUGCGCAGUCUCCGGUACAGGGCGCGAGCGGGGACAAAUUCAGCUCCGUUCCCCUCUCUGUGUCUAGGGGUUGAGCUGGGCGGGGGGCGUGCUGAGGAUGGAGGACAAGCCCUACGGCAGCCUCAAGCCCUCUCUGGACAGGCUCACCCUGGGGGUCAUCCGGAUAUUGGAAGCUUCUCCAGGAGUCGAUGAGGUGACAUUUGUGGAAAAGGAGCCAGCUGAACGUCACUCUGUUGUUUCCUGGGAGCAGAAAAACUCCUGUGUAUUGCCAGAGGAUUUAAAGAAUUUCUACCUAAUGACUGAUGGCUUCCACAUGACCUGGAGUGUUAAGUUUGAUGAUAACCCCAUGCCACUGGGCUCCAUGGUGAUUAACAGCAUCUCUAAGCUAAGUCGCCUUGGUGGAUCGUCGGCGUACGCUCUACCCAAUGCACCAACUCUCGCUGACCUGGAAGAUGAUCUGGAUGAGGAAGGUAAUGAAGACCAGCCAGAAAAGCCUCACUUUGACUCUCGUAGUCUGAUAUUUGAAUUAGACCCAUGCAAUGGGAACGGGAAAGUUUGCCUUGUUUAUAAGCACACCAAACCAGUUGUCACCCCAGACACUGAGAUAUGGUUUCUGGACAGAGCUCUGUACUGGCAUUUCCUCACCGACACCUUCACUGCCUACUACCGACUGCUGAUCACCCACCUGGGUCUCCCGCAAUGGCAGUAUGCCUUUACGAGCUACGGUGUCAGCCCUCAGGCUAAGGUAAAGCAGGAGGCUAAACUAGCUAAGAAACCAUUGACCACUUGCAAAGCAAGCGACAGAGGCGUUUUGACUGACCACCAUGGGCGGGGCUGCCUGCCAGGGAUGGUGUCACUUUAAACAUCCAGAAGCAUUUUAAAUUGGGCAACAUGGAAAUGUUCUCUGGCUUCCAAUCACCAUGGGGUGAGAUGGCCUCUCGGGGUGGGAGAGAAACUCUGUGGUUCGCUGAGUUUUCCCCAAAUGCUGCUGUUGAGAGUGGGGUUUGCCACACACCACCAUCCUGGAAUGAACAAGUGGGACCAUCCCUAGACCAAGGAAUCCCAGAGCUCUGGGCAGGUGCAGGAGACCCACAGGGCCAUCUGCACAGAAGCAGAGAGCCACGCACAGGUGGAGAUUUCAGCGCUGAGGCUCCUUGCUGCAUGCUGCUCCUGGAGGAAUGGAAUCUCCUCCACUCACCAUUCCCACUUUCCAGGUUCUCAGCACCCAGGUGUGUUACCCCUCAGCCAUUCACUCACUGGGGUUUGGCCUGCACUGCUUGGAUAGCAAAGCACCAGUUCCUUUUCCCAUGAGGUACUGAGCAUCUCCCAUCGAGUGCCCCAGAGCUGGGGGUGCUCAGCGCUUUGCAGGAUCAGGCCCAGAAGAGUAAAGGAGGCAACCCAACCAUUCGAUUGUACCUCUGGCCACUACAGGAUGAACAACACCAUAAUCCCUGGUACUAGCACAUUGCACCGCUGUCCUACUCACCAGAGAU